AUGGCGCGCCUCCCAGAACGUAUAAUGACCAAAGAUCAGUUCACUUCUAAGGUCGAAGAGUCCACGGAACCUGUCUUUAUAUUCAUUCUACCAACCUUCUACAGCGAUUUCUCUCCAGAGAUCCAGCGUUUUGCCGAGACUUACCCCCAGUCUAAAAUAUACGGCAUUGUCUCCUCGGAGUCUCCAGAGGUUCUAGAACACCUUACUGGGAAGUUUAAGGUGUCAACUGUAACGGAAUUUAUCCUUUGGAGAGACAAAACCAAGGUCAUUGAGUAUUCUCGUGGACAGCUCUCUGAUCUAAUGACCGUUCUAAAAGCAAUCAAGAUAUUAGUCGAGUAA